AGAAACUGGAACAGUCGAGAAAAAAUUAGUGAACGCAAAACGAAAACAAACGCCAUUGCAGAUUGAGAAAUCUUUUUCGCAUUGCAUGCAGUAUUUAUGACAAAGUUUUCGCAAAAUAUGCCGAAGAACAUGAAAGUUACUGGUGUGAUAGAGUUGGAGCUUGUUUUCGUGGAAAAAAUCAUUAUUUUGUGCCACUUUGAAUCACAUCGAACUAGGUUGUACAGUAGGGAGAUUAUAGUUUAUAGGAAACUCUGUGAGAACUGAAAAUCCGUGUUCAGCCAGCCUUAUACCUAAUAAAAAACAAACGGCAGUGAAUUUAUCUAUUGAUUCGAAGGAAAACGUAAAUCAAAAACCAUGUCUCAAAAGGUGUUUUUACUAAGGAAGCAUAAAAAUUAUUAAUUGUAGAGUUUCCCGUGUUAGGAUAUGGCAUUAGGUACAUUGAAUAGAUCCAAUGAUUUAGGUUUGCAUACAACGUAUGAGAAAGGUAAUCUACAUGUUGUUAAGGUACGAAACUUGACGACAAUGCUAGACGAGAAGCAGCCGAGUAAACUUCCUCUGGUUGAUGCCAAUCAUCAAGAUCUAUACAUGCAGUCCUAUCAUCAUAACAUGGGAAUUACCAGUCAUCACUCUUUUCCCGCUUCCACUUCAUCACGAAUACAAGAAAACCCGUCAGUGCUGGGUUUUGAUUUUCCCCUUGGAACAGAAGACGAAAUCGAAAGGCUGGAGCUGAGUAUUAAACAGAGUGCUGUUAUUCGAGAGCAAUAUGUGCAAUAUCUAAGUCUAACAAAGCCGCUCCAUUUGAGCAUUGUGCAAUCGUUCAGUAUGUUUUUCAAUGAUCAUGCGAUGACCAACUAUAGCUUUUACGGCGUCGAAAGAGCAGAGUAUCCUAAGACACCGAAAAAGGCUAUGAAGAAAUACGACGUGUUCUCUGUCUGCAUGUUGGAUGCAUGGCGAUCACAUGGCAUAAACACCGUCAGUCUAAUGGAACAACUGAAAAAGGCAAUUUAUCACAUUAGUCGGAGACGUUACACGCGAAAUCAAGUUUUGAAAAGAAAACUGAAACUAUUGCAGAGCAAUUAAUUCGGUUCUUGUUUGUUACUUCUAGAAUAAAUAUCAGUAUUUUUCUAUAUAAAUUUGUUCGUGUUCAGACUUCAAAAGAGUAUUGGUGAACAUCGCAUAGUGAUUUUUUCAACUCAAUUUAAGUAUCUUUUACUGAUAACAUUUUAUCGUUUUCCGACAGAUAAUUGCCCUUUAAGAAUGCUCCGCUGCAAAGCACAGCUUUCACCGUAUAGACAAGCCACCGGAAAAAAUCCGUUCAACUUGUCUGCCACACGUCGCGUUCAUGUUCCUGGCUUUGAAUUCCCUUUAAAAGAUGAAAUGGAUGUCGAGCGAUUGGAAAGAGCCGUUCAAAUGAGUGAAUUCACUCGAGAUCACUACAUCCAUUUCCUUUCAUACAUGAAACCUCCCAAAAAGGAUUUGGUAGAUUGCUUCAGUCUGUUCUUUGCCGAUUCUUCGAUGGUUAGAUACAACUGGAGUGGAAUAUCUGGACAUCGAUUUCCUAAAGUAGCGAUGAUGGGAUAUAGCAUUUUUACCAACUGCAUGUUAGAGGCUUGGUCUGAUCAAGGUGUUUCAAUGGAAAUGUUGCAAAUUAAAAUUAAACGUGCCAUCGAGAAAAUAAAUAAUCGUCGGAACGUGCAGCAAUCGAAGAUGCGUCGUAAAGCUAGACUGUCUAAUAUUGAGGCUGAAUGUAAUGACAUGUGAAAUGGCGAAAGUUUCGCAAAUUCACGUCAUUUAUAGAUUAACCAUUUGAAUAAAUAUCAUAUAUUUUUCAAA